AUGUCUGAUAUCCCCGCGCCCGAAAAGCAGGCACACCAGCAGAGAGCUUCCGGGUCUGGUCGAGGCAAUAUUGGACCGCAUAGGAGCCAAGACACAACAAAUAACACCGCAAGGCUGUCUGAGAGAUACGGCGUUGAGAAAAGCCAGAGAGAUUAUCACAUCGGUGAUAGGAAUCGAGAACGGUGUCCCAAGCCCAACCGCGCGGCCGAAGCAAGGUCCAAGAAGAUCGCGUACGAGAUCCUCAUGUCUGAAAACAACGCUCGUCCAAGAAGGCCUGUUUUGUCUCGCCCUCUGGCUGAGAGAACCACCAAGGCAGGCAUUUUCAAGCCGUGUGCAAACUGCAAGGGUCAAGGCCACCAACUGGCUGACUGCAUCACGACUGUGCAUGGAUACAUCAAGGCCUGCAUAUUCUGCGACAACGACAGCCAUCGUACCGACGAGUGCGAGUCUUUCAAGAGACUUUCCCUUGCGGAAAAGGUCAAAUUGCUUGUAACCGAUCGGGCUGGUAAGCCUGCGCUUGCUCUAUGGUGGACUCCCCUGUACGAGUUCCUUGAAGCGAAGGAGACUCAGGACAUUCCUCUACCAACCGGAUUCCCUUGGACUGCCAAGUUUGCUAUCGAGGUAUUCCAGGGCAAACGCGGGAAACCAGUCAAAACAUUCCAGACAGAGUUUGACGCCACUCAAGACCCAAAGGCGUUGCCCGUUGAUAUGACAGUCCGGUCGCUCCCUGAUGUCUGGAGCUACUACUGGUUUCAUGAAGGUCGCCGCUUCCCUCUUCGUGCUCAUAUCCCACGACCAUGA